CGUCGCCGAUGGCGCCGACGACGGUGUUAAGGUUGUUGGCGGCGGGAGUGGAGUUGAUGCGGUGGGAUUGCCGCGCGUGAUGGUGGAUGUUAGCUUCGAGGGGCAGGGGCACAACGGGCAGGCGGCGAACCAGCUGGUGAAGGACCUGGUGGAUGGUUUCCCGGCGCUGCGGCCGCUGGCGCUCUUGCUCAAACAGUUCAUGAUGGAGAAAGGCCUGUCUGUCAGCUACACCGGAGGGCUAUCGUCGUACGCGCUUACCCUCAUGGUCGCAAGGUAUCUUCAAGAGCAGACCAGUCAGAUGGACUCGGGCUCUCUCCUGCUCGGCUUCCUAGACUUCUACGGCAACCACUUCGAUCCCCGACUAACCGGCAUCAGCGUCGGCCGCAGCCGUUACUUCUCCAGGAGCGCGCCCCUGCCCGCGCCCCCCACUCAGGUGGCGGCGGCGGUUCCCGGGGCCCCCAGCGCUGCGCGGAUGUUCUACGGCCAGGGAGGUUUGGGUGGAGUGGCGCCUCCGGGAGCGCCGCCCGUGGCCGCCGGCAUCCCCGGGUGGGGCGACAUGAUGAGAAUGCCAUACCGGUUCGACCCUCUCUUCAUCGAGGACCCGAUGAACCUGAGCAACAACGUGGGCCACAACUGCUUCCGCGUGUACCAGAUCCAGAGGGCCUGGAGCGACGCCCACGCGUCCCUUGCGCGUGCGUUGGACGACGAGUCGCAACUCCGCGCCAGCCCUUACCGCUUGCUGCGGUGCAUCAUUUCUGACCCGGAGCCUGCCCCGGACAGCUAAUAAUGCUCAUGCUUUACGUUGUUCUGUCGGUUGUUUUGUUGUCAAAAAAUGUAGCGACCCCGACAGCUCAAGCUGAUGUUAUUUGGCUGGUUAUUUUUUGAGUCGAUUGAAUGGUCCGGUCGCUAGUCGCUUUCUUGUUUUGUUUUGUCUUACAAUAACAUGGUUUGCGAAUUCUGGUUGUUCGUCUACAAAUAGAUGCGGUUUGUGUUGGGUUUGAUGGAGGCGGAACCGACAGGGGAAUUGUUGACAGAUCAAAGUUUACUGGUUGGACGAUUGAUCGGCCAGUUAGUGAUGAGGCCGCUACCCCUCGACACACUUUGUUGCGCCCGUAAGGCCGGUUAAUCUGGGGUGUGCGUUCGUAUGUAAACGCUAGAUAGGCUUCUUCUAAUCUUGUCAUGUAGAAAGCUAGAUAGGCCUCUAGUUGUGUUUGUUGUCAAUGGGGUUGGGAGGGAAAGCGACGGUGCCAAACGUGUUGACCUUGUUGCGCGGCUCGCAUGUGCCCGCUCGCAACAUGUCGAGUGUGGAAACGAUUUGUUGUUUCUGCGAACCGUAUAUUUUUUCUGUUGAUAUGACCUAUCGACAUUUUUCGUUGUUUUCGUGUGGUAGAUCUUUGACGUGAUGACUCCAUGUACGGGGGUGACUUUGUUUCCCUACGUGCCGUACCCACGAGAGUCUGGCGUGCGCGCUAUCUAAGAAUCACACGAUGCCUGAAGUGCAUGAUUUGGUUGCCAGUCAGCCCCCGUGUGCGAUGAUGGCGUGUGAACGCGCGGGACCACGGUUGAUCCAGGAUCGUUUGGGGGGCAUGAUGCCGAGGCUUGCUGCUGUACCAUCUGUGUCGCAGGAGCCGCGUCCCGGGUAGAGACAGUAAUGUUUGAUAGACAUGGCAGUGUUUGAUGGACAUGACAGUGUUUGAUGGACAUGAUGUUUGGUGGACAUGACAGGCAGACUUUCCGGAACCGUACUUCCGGCCACAGGUAGGUAACCACAGCGCCGGCCAGUCGCGUUUCUUCGUAAUGGCUUGACUAGUAACAAAUCGAGUUUGGAGUGCUCGAUAUCAUUUGAUUGGUUGAUCGAAAGGUCGACUUCAAUUGACAUUGUUUGUGUCGUCGAUUGGCUCACUGAUUGUGAAACGCCAACUUUGAAAGGGCGAACUGUACUAAAUGAGACCCGAAUCCGACGUAGUAGGGUUGUAGGGUUGGGGUGAAGGAUUCUACACAGCUUCUUGUUGUUUUUUGGUCGGAGACAGUCUUCGAUGGAAAGGAGGCAAAGGACGCCAAUAAUCGUAACGUUGCUGAACAGUUUUCUCGUUCCCCCCUUGAAACACGAAUCUAAGGAAAGAAACCAUGGAUAAGGAGGGUCUAGAAGUG